AUUUAUAGUUUGGCCCAAACAUUCGAAGUUUCUGAAAUAAAAGUUGGUUUUAUAUUAAAAAUAUGAAUUAAACUAACUUACUACCUACAUUAUCUACGAGGAAUAAAAUUAUGACAGCCCCAAAGCUAUUAUAUACAAUAGAACAGCCCCAUGGGUUGGGCGAGUUAUACUUCGCGUGGCAGAAGGGUGAAGGCCGGUCGCUGCUCGCGACUACGGGGACAGAUGCGACGGUGGCCGUACAUGACCGCAGUGGGCAGCUAAUGGAACGCAUGAAGUUGCAAGGCCUCUGUGCUGGAAUGGAAUGGGACAAUGAUGGUGACUACCUAGCGGCUAUAACUCCGAACAGUAACUCCGUGUUACUCUGGGAAUGCCAUUCCAACAAGCGACUGAACGUGGAGACAGGGCUGCGGGAGGCACCUUCCUGCCUUGCCUGGGGUUACGGUGAACCAAUGCUUGCUAUUGGCACACAGAAGGGAAACCUCGCUUUGUAUAAUCAUCAUACCACGAAACGAAUACCAAUAAUAGGCAAGCACACAAAGAAAAUAACAAGCGCAGCAUGGAACAAGGACAACAUCCUUGUCCUAGCAUCAGAGGACAAGAGUCUCUCCAUCAACAAUGCGGACGGAGAUACACUACGGGUCAUCUCUCUGCGGGACACGCCCAACGACCUGCAGUGCUCUGAAAUGAAGGCUGACGAACGAGUUCCGGGGGAGAACACGAUCAGCUUGGUAGUAGGCAAAAGGACUUUGUACCUGUACAAUCUACUGAACCCGGAUAAUCCCAUAGAACUAGCCUUCCAACAGCGAUAUGGUUCUAUUGUCGCCUACAAGUGGUAUGGGGAUGGGUAUAUUCUUAUAGGGUUCAGUGCAGGCUUCGUCAUAGCCAUAUCGACCCACAUCAAAGAGGUGGGUGAAGAGUUAUUCCAAGUGCGGAACCACAAGGAGAGCUUGACAGAUGUCGCAGUGUUCAACGGGCAAGCCGCCUCGUGUGGCGACAGCCAUUUGAAGCUGAUAUCAGUGUGGAACAACGGCGAAGUCUCCGGCUCAGUGCUGCCCCCCGGCGGCGCCGAGCGCUGCGAGUGGAGCUCGGACGGGCGCCUGUUGGCCACCGCCGGCCGCGCCUAUCUCAACGUGUACGUGACAACCCUGCCGGCCUUGCACGCCGCCUACGGGACCAGGGUCAUCACGCUCACGAGCCUGUCUGAGGCCACGUUGUACCAGUGCAUCCCUGUCGGCGAGGACGAGGCUAGAUCGGAGCCGACCGUCCUCGCGACGUACGCGCUACCCCUCGAACCGCAACUCCUCGCGCUCGGCUCGUCUCACAUCAUCAGCGCGCGCGACGCUCACGCCUGGCUGUACCCGCUCGGCGGCGGCGUCCCCGCGCAGAGACAGUACCCCGCCGCUGCGGACACGCUGCGGGCCGCCGGCGAGCACUGCGCCGCGCUGUGUGCCGGCCGCGCCGUGCUACACUCGAUCGAGCCUUCUGACCCUGAGAACACAAAGCGAGACUCCAUCACGUUUCCUGAGCCUCACAUGCAGGACGCCGCCAUCACGGACAUACAGCUCACCAGCGAUUUCUUCAUAUAUGUUACUGACCAAGGCCACAUUGAGUACUUCGGCCUAGAGGAGUGGCGGACCUCCGUCCGCUACAAACACACUUGCGGGAUACGUAACGUGUACUGCGACAUUGGCGGUACCCGCGCUUGCAUCGUUGACGAGCGGCGCCGCGUGUUAGUCUACUGUCCUGCAUCCGGCGAGAUGUGUACCGUGCCAACAGUCACCGGACCGAUCAAAGGCGUAAUCUGGGACAUCUGUCUCUCCGAACGCAACGUGUUCGCCGUCCACACUCCGAGCGCCGUCCACACCUGUUAUCUGAGCGCACAUGGCACUGCCGGUCCACACGCGACACUCGUCCACACCACACCCGUGCCUCCGGACACAGCGCCGCUGUUACUGUUCUCCGGCGACGUGUACUGCUACGGGCCGCAGGGCGCUGUCCUGAAAAUCCCCCUCGACUCCCACAACACGAGCGGCUUAGCCGAUCCGGACCCAGAGAAACGCCUCGCGAACCAACGGAAACAUAUCGAGAAGCUCCUCCUGCUGAGGAGGUUCAAUGAAGCCUGGCUGUUCUGUGACGCUGUGGACGAAGAAGGCUUGUGGAGGAAACUGGGGGAAGCGGCUAUAGCUGAACUUAAUGUUGAAUUCGCUAUUUGUGUGUACACGCGGUUGAGCGACGUUGCAAUGGUUUGGGCGCUGGAAGACGCUUUGCAUAUUGAAGAUCUUUCUAUUUUGUGUGGCAUGCUGUCGGCGUGUUUGAACCAGGGCGAGGCGGCGGCGCGCUGGCUGGAAGGCGCGGCGCACGGCUCGCUGCCGGCCCUGGAGCUGCACUGCGCGCGCGGCCGCUGGGGCUCCGCGCACACGCUCGCGCUGCGGGCCUGCCCUGCCGCCGCGCCGCUGGUAGCCCUGCACCGCGCGCGACACACCGAGCUGCUAGCCGACUACCACGAAGCCCUCUCCUUCUACGAACAAAGCAUCAUGACCGACGAUGGCACCGCCAAAGUGAAAGAACACAACGAAAAGUGCGAGGCCGGCAUCGCUCGCAUGGCCAUCCGCUGUGGUGACGUCAUGCGGGGCGUCACUACCGCCAUGAAGCAUGCCCACGACAUCGAGCUACUCAAAGAUUGCGCCCAGCUGCUAGAAGACGAGAAACAGUACAACCACGCAGCGGCCCUAUACGACCACGCCGGAAACACUGAGAAGGCCGCCUAUCUCUACAUCAAACUCAAGUCCUGGCUCAAAGUCGAAGCCCUACUCCCCAAAAUCAACUCCCCGAGCAUCCACAUACAGUACGCUAAAGCCAAAGAGGCCGAAGGGAGGUACCAUGACGCGUUGAAAUCAUAUUUAAAAGCUGGUGACUAUGAGGCGGCUAUAAGGCUUAAUUUGGAGAAGUUGGACGAUAUAGAUGAGGCGGUCAAUCUGGUGCAGGAAACUAAGUCGGUGCAGGGGGCGAAGAUGGUGGCGAAUUACUUCCAGAAUAGUGAUGAUCCAUCAUCUGCGAUCAAGUUCUUGGUGAUGUCGCUAUGCUACGACGAGGCGUUCCAACUCGCUAGGAAAAACGGAAAGCUGCAUUUGUAUGGGGAAAUCCUGAUACAGACAUCACAGGCGAGACCGGAGGAUUUCAGGUCAUUGGCACUGCAUUUCGAAGGCGAGAAGAACCACCUGCUAGCCGGGAAAUUCUUCUUCCACGCGGGAGAAUACAGCAAGGCCAUGUCCCAUCUACUCAAGACGGGAGGGGAGGAGGACGAAGCCAUCAGCAUCGCUAUAGAUGCAGCAGCCGCCUCUGAUGAUGACAGACUCACUCGAAGGCUGAUAGAGUACCUGCUGGGCGAAACGGACGGUACACCACGGGAGCCCAAACACCUGUUCCGGCUCUACAUGGCCAAGCGGCAGUUUGCGGAAGCAGCCAAGACUGCGGUGAUAAUAGCGGGUGCAGAGUGCCGCAGCGGUAACUACCGCGCGGCGCGUGACGUUCUACGCGCCAUGUGCGUGUCGCUGCGCGCGCGCGGCCUGGCCGUGCCGCGCGACAUGCGCCACGCCGCCGCCACGCUGCACGCCUACAUACUGGUGCGCACUCACGUACGACGCGGUCGUCACGAACUAGCGGCGCAGCUGCUGUGUCGCACCGCAAAAGACGUCAGCUUUUUCCCCACACACCAACAUCAAGUGUCGAUUCUGACGUCGGCUGUGAUCGAGUGUCUGCGCGCGGGACUAAAGCAUCAAGCCCAUCACUGGGCGCGGGUCCUCAUGCAGCCCGAGUAUCGGGCACAGAUCGACCCCAAAUACGCGAAGAAAGUUGAGUCCGCCGUACGCCACGCGCCACGCACGGCCGCUCCUCCCGAACCGUGCACGCCGUGUCCACAGUGCGACGCGCCCGUACCUUCUGCUGCGCUUUCUUGCGCACGCUGUGAGGCGCCGCUCCCCAUGUGUAUAGCGACUGGCCUGCACAUAGUGAAGGAAGACUUGACAGCUUGCCCCGAGUGCGACUUCCCCGCCAUCUACACUGAGUUUACUGAAUUACUCCAGGAAGAAGGCAAAUGUCCAAUGUGCGGUGAAAACGUGGAUUACCGACGUCUGGUGAAGGUAGACGAUGUGUCGGCCUACAUGGACCUUAACACCACAGAUUAAGGUACACAUUGUUUUGCCUGGAGGCGAUACUUUAAUUUGAUCUAAUAAUACUUAUAUAAGUUUUUUUUUAUUAGAUAAUCUUUACCAUCGUUACCACUUUAGCUUAUUUGAUCAGUAAACAUUGUAAGCGACUUAUAUUACCACCCUUUUCGCGAGCGAAUCGAAAGUGAAAAGUUUCCAGGUAUUCAAGUGUACGUAGUGCGAAAUGAUAUAUUCCUUCGUGUUUUGUCGGAAACGUUCGUAUUUGUCGUGCUAGUUCGGACAACGCCAGUACUUCUUGUACUGAGACUGACUGAAAGAGUUGUGUGACUGACUGAGGGACGUUCGUGAGUUUCCGCGAAAAUACGAAGGAAAAAAAAUUCGCUCUACAUCUGUAUCUUAGUACUGUGUGAAGUUGUUACGCGCUCGCCUCGCUUUAAUCUGUUCCUGAUUUGGUGAUUUCAUCCCAACGGUGUUAAGUAUAUCGUC